UGAAAAGGCCAUAGAUUGUAGAACUCAAUGUUGUCAACAGUGUGCCUUGAAAGUAUUUAUGAAACUCACUUUGGGCAACGCAACGCACAUCCGAUGCUUGCAGCUCAAGGCAGAGUCACGGGGACGAUGGACAUGGCCUUGGACGCUUGGACGUGAGUGAUCAAAGGACAUCACCUUUGGUGCCUUAAACAGGCAGAAACGGUCAUGCGUUACAUUCCAUACCAGUCCGAGCUCCAACUUCCAGCAAUAACUUCCCUCAUUGAAAACGAUCUCUCCGAACCGUACUCCAUAUACACCUACCGAUAUUUUAUCCAUAACUGGCCACAGCUCUGUUUUUUGGCGGUAGAUGGUGAAAAAGAUGAGAUUGUGGGGGUCGUCGUAUGUAAGCUGGACAAGCAUAAGGAGGACAUGAGGGGCUACAUUGGCAUGCUAGCGGUUGCGAAGGGGUAUAGAAAACGCCGUAUCGGUUCCACGCUUGUUCAGAUGGCCGUCGAGGAAAUGAAGAAGGAAAAUGCGGACGAAGUGGUACUGGAGACCGAGGAAUCCAAUCAAGGUGCCUUGGCUCUCUAUCAAAACCUUGGGUUUGCCAGAGACAAGCGCUUAUCUCGCUAUUAUCUCAAUGGGGUGGAUGCCUUCAGACUGAAGCUGAGAUUAAGAUGAAGAGAAACCACUGUUAGGUUUCUUGCUGCCGGAUGGCCGAUUGUUGUCGGUAGACCGCGUUCGUCAUUUGGAGGAGACGCGAGGAGAUCGUAGCUGUCUAAGUAUAGCCGCAAACAGGACCGGUCGUCGUCCGAGGACGAUACUAUCGGUAAUCCCUACAAGCGGAGGACUGAGAACAGUACAUCGGUUGAACCAAGAAAUCAGUUGUACACGACAUGCAUCGAAUCUGCCAGCGAGAGCCAAUAUAUCCGAGACAAGUCGCCAUAUAUUAAACUCUUCUUUAAGCAAUCAUUUAGACGAAGAUCAGUGUAGGGAUAUGCACUUUCGGAAAAUACAAGAGCGGAUGUGGUCCGCCGUGGCGAAAUGAAAAUGGGUGUGUGGAUGUGAGGAAGCAAUGUCAGAUAGAAUCAAUGCAUUUUUCCAUCCCUCUCUGGGCCCUUCAGUCGUCGUUCUUCUUGACUGUCCAAUGAGGACCUAGCCGGCCCCACAUUUUGCUCUGCCCACUUCAUCACGUCUUCAUCUUCGUCCUCUUCAUCGGAAAUGUCCCUUAGCACCUCAUCAUCACUCCCGAACCCUUCUUCCUCAUCCCGGGCAACAACUUUUCGCAGAUUGAGAUUUUGGCCAGCUGUAUUCCCGUUGGUGACCCGAAAAUCAUCAUCAAAGUCAUCUUGAGCCAACUCAUCCAGUCCGUAACGCUGAUUAUUCUCAGUCGGCCGCCAUAGAAUACAAAUCCCCAAGAAAACGGC